GGCAAGAAGGGCAAGAAGAGAGAGGGUAUGUGAGGCAGAAAGGGAGAGAAACAUCCACAUGAGAGAGAAACAUCAACUGGCUGCCUUCCGAAUGCAUCCUGACUAGGGGUCGAACCUGUAACCCAGGCAUGUGCCCUGACUGGGAAUUGAACCGGCCACCUUUCUUUGCAGGAUGACAUCCAACCAACGGAGCUUCACCAGUGGGGCCCAUUGUGUUCUAAUGCUUGUUAUAAGGAGCUGUCAGUGGUCCCGUUUUCUGGGGAGUUUUGUUUUUGUUUUUUAAAAUUUACUGAUUUGAGAGAGAUAGAGAAAAACAUUGAUUGUUGUUCCACUUACAACGUUUGUGGGUGGAGGCUUGUAUGUGCCCCAGUCGUGGAUCAAAUCGGAACCGCUGGCAUGUCAGGACGAUGCCACAACCACUGAACUGCCUGCCCAGAAAACUGGUCCUGGAGUGCAGUGACCUGUGGAGCCCGGAGGACGGAGGACUCGGCAUUUCUAUGGUCUGGGGAGAACCUCCUUCCCACCCUCUUCCCGCCCACUGGAAACUGGCACCUGACCUUCCAAGUGUCGGCACACAGCCUGGGAUCGUUUCUCCGUUCAAGCGCGUCUUCCUCAAAGGUGAAAAGGGCAGAGACAAGAAAGCCCACGAGAAGGUGACAGAGCGGCGCCCCCUGCACACGGUGGUGCUGUCUCUGCCGGAGCGGGUGGAGCCCGACAGGCUGCUGAGUGACUACAUCGAGAAGGAGGUGAAGUACUUAGGUCAGUUGACGUCCAUCCCCGGGUACCUGAACCCAUCCAGUCGGACCGAGAUCCUGCACUUCAUAGACAAUGCAAAGAGAGCCCACCAGCUCCCCGGACACUUGACCCAGGAGCACGACGCCGUCAUCAGCCUGUCUGCUUACAAUGUCAAGCUGGCCUGGAGGGAUGGCGAGGACACCAUCCUCAGGGUCCCCAUCCAUGACAUCGCUGCCGUGUCCUACGUGCGGGACGAUGCCUCGCAUCUGGUAGUCCUGAAGACAGCCCAGGACCCCGGCGUCUCCCCCAGCCAGAGCCUGUGUGCGGAAAGUCCCCGAGGCCUCGCCACAGGGUCUUUGUCCGAGAGCGGCGUGGUGCCUGUGGAGGCCUGCUGCCUGGUGGUCCUGGCUGCGGAGAGCAAGGUGGCUGCGGAGGAGCUGUGCUCCCUGCUCGGGCAGGUCUUCCAGAUUGUGUACACGGAGUCCACCAUCGACUUCCUGGACAGAGCCAUCUUCGACGGGGCCUCAACGCCCACCCGCCACCUGUCCCUCCACAGCGACGACUCUUCCACCAAGGCGGAUGCGAAGGAGUCGUAUGAGAUGGACACCAGCACCUUCUCCUUCCCUGAGUGUGUGCCUGCGGUGCCCCAUGCCAAGACGGCCAGCGAGAGCGAGCUGAGUGCCACGGCCGCUGAGCUGCUGCAGGACUACAUGCUCACGCUGCGCACCAAGCUGUCCUCGCAGGAGAUCCAGCAGUUUGCGGCGCUGCUGCACGACUACCGCAACGGGGCCUCGGUGCAUGAGUUCUGCAUCAGCCUGCGGCGGCUCUACGGAGACAGCCGCAAGUUCCUGCUGCUGGGUCUGCGGCCCUUCAUCCCCGAGAAGGACAGCCAGCACUUCGAGAACUUCCUGGAGACCAUUGGGGUGAAGGAUGGCCGCGGCAUCAUCACCGACAGCUUCGGCCGGUACCGGCGGGCCAUGAGCUCCACCUCAACCUCCACCUCCAACGGGAACAGGGCAGCGGGCAGCUCUGAUGACCAGUCCGCACCUUCUGAGGGGGAUGAGUGGGACCGCAUGAUCUCGGACAUCAGCAACGACAUUGAGGCACUUGGCUGCAGCAUGGACCCGGACUCGGCCUGAGGGGCUGGUGCCGCAGGCCGGCUCUCCCGUGCAGGGCUGGGGCCAGGCCGGCCUAUACUGUGAAGGAGACGCUGCGGGGCAGAGGCUGCCCCAAGCUGCCUGCACGCGGCCCCGCUUGUGGGCCGGACCCCAGACAGUUGUCGUUCUCGCAUGCGACGUCCCUGUCAAAACUCUCAGAGACCCAAAGAAGUUUACUGCAAUGUGAAUGGUU